GGUCACGUGAUCAUUAACCAAUGAACGUAUGGUAUCAAAAGUCAGUGUGAAACCACACUCGCCAGUGGUUACGACUGUAGCUUUCCAUUUUUUUCACUCUCUCACUGAAUCCCCGAAUUUUUCAAAUAAAAACAAAGGAAAAGAAGUUAUCAAAUUGAAUUUAAAAAGUUUACAACGUUUAGUUGUAUCUUCAAAAUUAUCAUAUUGUUUGUAUUCACCAAGUGGCAAUAAAAAAAUUUGAACAAGUGGACUCGUGUAUUCAACUCAACCAAAAUAAAUCUACGUAUUUUUGAUAGAGACACAGCUGGAAGUGUUGUAUAUAGGUAGUUUUGUAUUUGGUUGUGUUUGUAAAAGUGGUGGCAUGUGUCGUGUGAGAAGACAAGGUGGGUGAUACGCGCUUGCGCAUCACAGUCAACACAACUAAACUCGGUGUUUCAUUUUCAUGCUCUCGCGAGGCAUUCGCAAGACUACAUUACAACUUGUCGACAAGAUUUUUAUCGAGUUCCCGCGAUUACCAUAAGUAAUACUGAUGAUGAUCUGACGAUUUUCCUCUCAGUGGUGCAUGCCUCAUGACAAACAACAAAAUAUAUUCGCGGGUAUUUACGUUUGUUAUUCAACGACAAGUGGAAAGUGUCAUGAUUUAACAAGUGGAGGUAGAAGAAAAAAGUACUGAUUCUGGUGGGAUUUCUUUGGUUAGUGGUCCAGUGGUGGAUGUGGAGAGGGAAUAAAUUGGAGCGAAAUAGCAGAGCGCCAUGAGUUUCGAGCACAAGGUCACUGAAGUAAAAAAUAUCGUUUGAAGAACAGCAUGGAUCAGUCUUUCAAUGCUAAUAAUGACUUCAACAUCAGUGAUAUUAUCGAAGUAAUUGAGACCAAUGACCCGGGAUUCGUCGAGGGUGCUGCAAGUCAGCAGCAACAAUCCCUAAACAUGCUCUCAGGCGGUAGAGUGGAUGCUGUAAGGUCUGUGCCUGUUUCCAACUCAGGAAACACACCAUAUGCCGAAAUUGUUGAGCAACCGGCUGGCAAAGCACUCCGAUUCAGAUAUGAGUGUGAAGGUCGAUCUGCUGGCAGCAUACCAGGGGUCAAUAGCAUGCCCGAGAAUAAGACAUUUCCCACGAUACGAAUCGUUGGAUACAAAGGACGCGCUGUGGUGGUAGUGUCGUGUGUAACGAUGGACCCACCAUACAGACCUCAUCCUCAUAACCUUGUCGGUAAGGAGGGCUGCAAGAAGGGUGUUUGCACAAUUGAAGUGCCGGUAGAAACCAUGACAGUGAGCUUCGCCAAUUUAGGAAUUCAGUGUGUUAAAAAAAGAGAUAUUGAAGAGGCACUCAAUGUGAGAGAAAAAAUUCAAGUGGAUCCUUUUCGUACUGGCUACGAGCACAAACGACAACCAACUAGUAUCGAUCUCAAUGCAGUCAGACUGUGCUUCCAAGUGUUCCUCGAGGGACCUACUCCGGGAAAAUUCAAAACACCUCUAAAACCUAUUGUAUCGGAUCCAAUUUACGAUAAGAAGGCGAAAUCAGACUUGAUUAUAUCGAAGUUGAGUCACUGCAGUGCUUCAGUGGCUGGAGGAACUGAGGUGAUACUCCUGUGUGAAAAGAUAGCGAAAGAAGAUAUUCAAGUACGAUUUUUUGAGGAAAAAGAUGACAAAGUCGUUUGGGAGGGACUGGCUGACUUUCAACCUGCAAACGUUCAUAAACAGUUUGCAAUAGCAUUCAGAACUCCAACAUACCGCAUUCAGCAGGUAGACCAACCCGUCCAAGUGUACAUUCAACUGAGAAGGCCCUCAGAUGGAACAGCGAGUGAACCUCUCCCCUUCCAGAUGCUCCCCUUAGGUGCAGGUAGGCCAAACUUCUGGUCACUCCGUAGAGCGUUAACGCGAAAAAAAGCAGACCCUACGACAUUCAGCAAAAUCCUUGCCACCGAGGCGUCGCUAUAUCCUUCCCAAAAAAUAUCCCGUAGUAUCGACGAGUUCAACAACAACGAACUCGAUCUGACAUGCUCGAGUGGAAAAUUGUCCGCCCUACGUGCCUUAAACGAUCUUUAUCAUGUUAAAAAUAAUUUAGGGGUGCAAAAUGGUGGAUCCUUGAGAUUGAGCCAGUCUCAGGAAAUUGCCCCCAAACGUCCCCUCGUUGAUGAUGAAAAUAACGAAAUAACAAUAAUCUCAGAAUCAAAAUUUCAAAAUUCCUUAAAUAAACCAGCAAGUAUAAAAGAUGACAUUAGCCCUAAAAAAAUUCAUUACGAGCCAGAGAAAAUGAGCACAAAUGACAUUUCUGAGCCCCCAAAAGACAAAAAUUGGCUUAAUUACUCGGAAGUUGGAAAAUGGGUACAGAAGAAUCAACAGUUUGAAAAUGUUCCAAAACCGGACGAUUCUAACUCAAAGAAUGAUGAAAGCGAUCCGAAACUCAAUGAAUUAUUGACCCAAGUGGCAGAGCUUGAUCAAAUCUACGCAGACACUCACGCAAAAAUGUUGCAAGCGACAUUGAACCGAGACUCGAGGGAUCAACAGAUGGAGGUGGACGUCUGCGACAAUCAGACGUACACUAGUCUCCAAAUGGCCAUGAAAAAUCCAGUGGACAUUUAUGAUAUAAAGAAUGACAGAAAGUAUGAGGAUGUGGCAGUGCCCAGUGUAGAGGCGAAUGUUCCACCCCCUCGUCCCCCUCCUUUGGCUGCGAAAAGAGAUGUUACGAGGGCUUAUGAAGAGAAAUUGCCUCCAUUGCCCCCGAAGAGAAUCAGGAAAAUGCCAUCGAUGCCAGUUCUGCCCAGAACAGCUUCCUGUGGAGCUGUGAGUGUGACUGGCUCAGAGGCACCCCAUAAAAAAUUGCCUUUACUCCCUGGCACUCUCCGACCCAAGCAGGGACUCUUCUCUAAGUUAUUUACAAAGAGAAAUAAAAAGGAAAAGGAUAAUCAGUCGUUUAGACACAGCAUUGGGGCAUUCAAAGACAGCUUGGAGGAGUUUCAGAAUCAGAAUCAAUUGACUAGACCAAGUAUGACUAGCAUCACUGGUGUUAAAUCGCUCGAUAUUGAUGGAGAUGAGUCUCCACCGUAUGGAAUUGAACUCACUGAGGCUGAGCAUUAUGCUCUUUACACUGCUAUGGCACCACAUGCGACUGCUUCCGAGUUCGAUGAAAUGUCGUUUUACUACAGUCCUGUGGAGGGUGGAAAAAUCCUCACCGAAGCCAAGGAAACAUAAUGUUUCCAAUUUUUACGCUCAGAAAUUUUUAAUGUCUUUUUGGGAGCUUCGACAGUGCUCAAAUGAUUUUUUUAUUGUGAAAUGUGGCUCCUGAAUUUUGGGGGGGAAUGAAACAUACUCGUUGAAUUAUUGAAAACUUGCAUUUUUUUCGUAGGCAAUAGUUUUUCAUCUUUUCUAGUCAAAUUACCGAAGAUUGUUAAGUUUUUAUUCGUUGAAUGUAGAGCGAGAGGUAUGAGGAAAUCAGGGCAAUUAAUGGAAUUGGAUUAUUUCGAAAAUACUAAAGAAUACGUGACAUUUAAUGCAUAAAUAUUUUUCUGAAAAUUUUUAUGCAACAGUUGAUUUUCUCAUUUCUCUCCAAAUCCUCAUUGUGUUAUAAAUUUUUUUUGACAGAGUAUAUUUAAGAUAUUAUUAAGAAUUAUAAGAUUUGAUAUGCUGGUGUUGACGUACAAAAACACGAGGCCUUGUUGGAUUUUCCUUUAAACUCAAAAAUGGAAAAAACAAAUAAUCUAUUUUUCAUGGUAAUGAAUUAUAUUAUUGAAUUAUUUUAAUGUACUGGA